GGCGCCGCCCCGCUCCGCCCCGCCCCGCGUCCCAACAUGGCGGCGGGCUUUGCUGGCCCGCUGGUAUCGCUGGUGCUGCUGCUGUUGUCGGGGGUGGCGGCUCGGUUGUACCGGGCCGGGGAGGAUCCGCUGAGCGUGUUAUCGGCCGGUACCGUGAAGCGGGCGCUGCUCAACUCCUCGGCCGCGUGGGUGGUGCAGUUUUACAGCUCGUCCUGCGGACAUUGCAUCGCAUUCGCCCCCACCUGGAGGGCCCUGGCUGGGGAUGUUAAAGACUGGGAGUCUGCAAUCAGAAUCGGUGUGCUGGAUUGCGGGGAAGAAGAGAACUAUGAGACGUGCAAGGAGUAUGGGAUUCACUUCUACCCAACUUUUAGGUUCUUCAAAGCAUUUACAAAGCAGUUUACAACUGGAGAGAAUUACAAAGCAGGAGCAGAUCGGGAGCUGCAAACAGUUCGCCAGAUGAUGAUUGACUUCUUGCAGAACCAUUCCCAAGAGUCAAGACCUCCUGCUUGCCCACCAUUGGAUCCAGUUUCGUCCAGUGAUGUCACUUCUCUCUUUGACAAGAAAACCCCUCAUUAUACUGCUGUUGUGGUUGAAAGUAAUAAUUCCUACACUGGACGAGAGGUUAUCUUAGAUUUGGUCCAGUAUGAAAACAUUGUUGUAAAGAGAGCGCUGAAUUUUGAUAAGUCUUUCCUGGAGAAACUUGGGAUUACUUCAGUCCCUUCGUGCUACCUGAUGCAUCCCAAUGGAUCGCAUGGGUUAGUUAACAGUCUGAAGCCCCUGCGGUCAGUCUUUUCUUCAUAUUUGAAGUCGCUGCCAGGUGUAAGAAAGAAACUUCUUUCACCACUUGAGCUGCCUGUUAAAGGAAACAAAGAGGAGAGCGCAGAGAUCAAGCCGUGGAAGGAGUUUGAUAAAUCGAAGCUGUACAUGGCUGACCUUGAAUCUGGAUUGCAUUACCUGUUCCGGGUAGAGCUUGCUACACACAAGAUGCUUGAGGGAGCUGAGCUAAAGACCUUCAAGGAUUUUGUUACCAUCUCUGCCAAGCUUUUUCCUGGCCGUCAGCCUGUGGUGAAGUUGUUAGAGACCUUGCAGGAGUGGCUGGUGAGCCUUCCAUUAGACAAAAUCCCUUAUGAUGCUAUUCUAGAUCUGGUCAACAACAAAAUGCGGAUUUCUGGGAUAUUUCUCACUAAGAGAACAGAGUGGGUUGGCUGUCAGGGCAGCAGGCCAGAGCUCAGAGGCUACACUUGUUCCCUUUGGAAGCUGUUUCAUACCCUGACUGUGCAAGCUGCGCUGCACCCAACUGCUUUGAUAAGUACAGGUCUUGAAGACAAUCCUCGGGUAGUACUUGAGGUCAUGCAGAGAUACAUCCAUCACUUCUUUGGAUGCAAGGCUUGUGCUCAGCACUUUGAGGAGAUGGCGAAGGAAUCCAUGGACUCGGUGCAAACCUUGGACAAGGCUGUUCUUUGGCUCUGGGAGAAACACAACGUAGUCAAUAACAGACUUGCAGGUGAUUUAACAGAAGACCCCAAAUUCCCCAAAGUUCAAUGGCCAACUCCAGACCUCUGUCCUGCUUGUCACGAGGAAAUCAAAGGGUUACACAGCUGGAAUGAGGCCCAGGUCCUGCAGUUCAUGAAGCAACACUACAACACUGAAAACAUCCUGUAUAGAUACACUGAGAGCCAGACUGACUCCAGCGACACUGAACUAAAAGAUACAAGGGAGGAAAAAGACAAAAGCCUGCUGGGGAAACCAGGUGGAAAUAGAGAAGAUGCGGCCCUGAACCAGGAGCACAUAAGAGAUUCAGAAUCUAAGCUGUUCAAUAAGCUCAUAGGGAACCACGGACCUGUCAGGGCCAGCGGUAAAAGUGCGUUCGAGUCUGUUAACCAUCAGGAGAGCAGACAGUCUGUGAUUUUCUUAGGGAUUGGAUUUUCCAACAUAGACAUGAGUCUGUGUGUCGUCCUGUAUGUAGCAUCAUCCUUAUUCUUGAUGAUCAUGUACUUUUUCUUCCGAAUGAGGUCGAAACGCUGGAAGGUGAAGUAUUAUCGCUCGUCUGUAUAGAAACUCACCUUGGAAGCCAAGUUGUUUUUUGUUGUACGUGGCUGUUCAGUACCAGAUACAGCUUUAAUAUUUAUGAUCAGGGAUUUUAUAUACAAUAUUCCUCGUUUGAAAACCCUUUCUUCCCAAGUCAUUUCACAAGUGUUCUAGCUUAAUAUAUGGCGCUUGCUGUAAGAACCCCAAUCUUUCACUCUGAGGCACACGGUGCUGUCGUAAAACACCCAGUGAAGGAAGUGUUGCAUUUUUCAGUGAGGAUUUUUCCAUGACUUACAUCAUUUACUCAUUUGCAGAGGAAUCAUGGCAUUAUGCAGCCAGCACAGAUACUGGUGUAGGUUAUGAGGUCUACUUUAAAUCAAUUCUAAGCCUCCGUGACUUUCUCAAGUAUUACUCACACUGCACACAUAGAGUAGAAAGUAUUACACCUUCAAGUGAGUCUUCCAUACCUUCAUGUGUUGCAGCCUGAUUGUGUUUGCUGAUGCCAUUAUCCAUUUAAUGGUGUUCAGGUGUAAACAACAACCAACUCAGACCCGACGUUUGAUGUGCAUCACUGCUGGAUGCAUUAACAGAGCAUUGGAUGACUCAUUUCUCAGCUGGAGGAGUAGCUCGGUACUGAAUGUGCUGUUAGCCAAGUUGACACCAAUUCUGGUGGAUUCCAAUGAAAGGAAAUGCCAUUUCUAGUGAAGAAAACAGGCUGUUUGUGUCAGCAUGACAGAGCAAAUGCCUCCAUCCAGAAAUACUCCUGUUGUUCUUGUGCUGAGAGCUCUGCUGUGUGGGUCAGGGAGGGGUUUAACUGUAGGUAAGUCCAAGAGCUCUUCCAUUGCUGGAUAUGGCAGCAGUGGAGACUAUGGCUGUUGUACAGAUCUGACAGGGAUCCUGGCUGGCUUCUAUGAGAAGAAGGCAUGAAAAUGGUUAUAAAAUUACUGUUCAGAAUAGGAGUUCCGUUCUGAUCUGUGGAGGAUAAUUCAUGUUCUGGAUAGUGAAGUUUAUAAUCCUAUCCAAUGUAAUUGAGCGUGUUCUAGUUAUCCAUUACCUAAUCUUUAGUUAAUCCUAAUAGGUUUUGGCCUCAAUGUUUUCUCAUGGCAGCGAGUUCUACAGAUUAAUUAUGUUAUAUAAAAAGGCUUUUCCUUUCAAUUCUACGUUUCCAACUUUCAAUUUAAUUGAAUGUUCAGUAGCUCUUCAGUUACACGAGGGGUGAGAAGUCCCUGGCCAAUCCAUUCUGUAUUUGUACUGUGCGUGUCAGCCUCUUUCCAUUGUACAUCCCAGCUUCAAAAGCUUCGAGCUCAGCACUAAAAAGGUAAUUUUUCAUAACUAAAUCUGCUUAUUUACCAAAUGGAUCUUUUCAGUCAGGUUUUUUAUGCAGCUUCAAACUCCAGUAAUGGAAUGGAGCCGGAUGAACGGCUCCUUUUGGUGUCAAAACAACUUCUGCCAUCAGAUCAGCAGCCAAAGUGCUGUUGGAAUGAGGUGGGUUGGGAACAUACCGGUAACUUCCAUGACAAAGUGAACAGACACACCGAUUUGCAGUGGAGCUUUUUGUUUCUUAGCAUAGAAGCACAACAUGAAGCUGUUCCUUAUCUGUGCUGGUGCUCCCACUUGGUGGUACCAAUGAACUGGUGCAGGCUUUCACCUGAAUUGCUUUCACUGCCUUCAUCUGGAAAGGUUUUAUUGAGUCUGGACUCAGUUGUGUCAACCUUGGUUUACUUGUUCUUAUUUGGUAUCAUCGUACCUCCUUACUCAUGGGGCUUCUGUUUUGUGCUAUGUACCAACUUGGUGUAAGGCCGUUUCCAGCUGUGGUUCACACCAUCCUCGUAGCAGCCAUUUCCCAUCAGGAUUUCUGGCCCUUUGUAAUUCAUGGAGCCUUCUUUGCUCUUCUGAUGUUUGUGAAGAGAAAAUACUGGACCUGCAUAGAGAGAGAGAAGGAAAAGGUCGAGUGCUGAAGGACCCUGCUGACGUUAUUUGUGAGCUCUCUGGUUUACAGUUUCCAGCUCCGUUAUCCGUCCUGUUAUUGCUUAGAGCUCACUGGGUUCUAUGAGUGGAACAAAAGCUUCCAGGUGUAUUUUCUAUCUGUGCACUGUAUAUCAGAUGUUGGGUAUAUUGGAUGUAACAAUCCGGUAAUUUAAAUGUUCUAUUUAUUUAGAUUCAGAAACAUGGACAUUGUCGUGUCUGUUCUGUUGGGGGGGGUUUAAACUCUUAAGAAGGAAAAGUGACUCUUUUGUACCAAACUGAGCUGAUGUGCUUGUUACAAAUACAAACGUUUGGGCAAAGUGCUGCAGUUGGAGCUUUCAA